AUGACUCUCUAUGCCUUGUUGAUUGGGUAUCUGCGGAAUUCUAUCCAAGGUUGUUUGAGUUCUGUAUGCAGUGGAUAUUUGAUGGAAAAGGUGGAAACUUCAAUUCCCUUCUCUUGGAGUCGGCUUUGCCAGAUCAUGAGAUGGCGCAGAAAGAGGCUGUUCUGUGUGCGUGGAGGAACAUCCAAAGUGUCCAUUGGAGCUUCAGGUACUCCUCGGUUAAUGCUCCUCUCUUUUCAGCCGAAGCAAAAUGUCAACAUCACGCCGAGGAUUAUCGAGACAUUAGACAGAUAUUCUCCUGGUGCCCGCUCAUCCAAUGCUAGAAUACCAUCUUGA